UUCACGCACUCCCUUUGGCCCGGAGAGCGCGGGGGUGUCCGGUGGUUUCUCCCUGCUUUCCCCCUCGCUCGCUUCCCGUGGUACGGCCCACACUUUAACCGCGGCUGCGCGCGGCCGGCCCCGCGCUCGGCGCUGCCUGAGUCCCGGGUCGUGGCGCUCGCUCCGCUCUUCUGUCCCCCUCUCUUUUCCUCGGACGGCCCGCUUGGUACAGCCCGCGUCUCGGCGCUCCCUCCCCGCCCUCCCCCUCGGGCCGGCGGCUCUUGGUGCCGCCCGGGAGAGAGAACCAGGUCAUCGGUCGGUUCCUGUGAAAACAAAAACAAUCGGCGGUGGUGGCAGCAGGAGCAGCAGCAGCAGCAGCGGCGGCCGAGGCGUGAGCCGGGGCCGGGGCGUCAUGGAGCCGGGGGACGCGGGUAGCCCGGGGCGCCGCCACUGAGCCGCCGCCGCCGCCGCCUCAGCCUCAGCCGCGGUCGCCGCCGCGCGGCACACGACGAGGGCCCGCAGCGGGCCGGGGGAACGGGGACGGGGCCUCGGGACGGCCCGGCAUGGAUCAGUGCGUGACGGUGGAGCGGGAGCUGGAGAAGGUGCUGCACAAGUUCUCGGGCUACGGGCAGCUGUGCGAGCGCGGCCUGGAGGAGCUCAUCGACUACACGGGCGGCCUCAAGCACGAGAUCCUGCAGAGCCAGGGCCAAGAUGGCGAAUUAUCAGGGACGCUGUCACUUGUUUUGACACAGUGCUGUAAAAGAAUAAAGGACACAGUCCAAAAGCUGGCUUCCGAUCACAAAGACAUCCACAGCAGUGUUUCCCGGGUUGGAAAAGCCAUCGAUAAGAAUUUUGAUUCCGACAUCAGUAGUGUGGGAAUCGAUGGCUGUUGGCAGGCAGACAGCCAGCGGAUCCUCAAUGAGGUGAUGGUGGAGCACUUUUUCCGACAAGGAAUGCUGGACGUAGCUGAGGAACUCUGUCAGGAAUCUGGACUAUCUAUAGACCCAAGUCAGAAAGAACCGUUUGUGGAGUUGAAUCGAAUCUUGGAAGCAUUGAAAGUCCGAGUCCUGAGGCCUGCUCUGGAAUGGGCGGUGUCAAACCGGGAAAUGCUCAUGGCCCAGAACAGCUCUCUGGAAUUUAAGUUGCACAGACUAUAUUUCAUUAGCUUGUUAAUGGGUGGAACUGCCAACCAGCGGGAAGCAUUGCAAUACGCUAAAAAUUUUCAGCCGUUUGCCCUAAACCAUCAGAAAGAUAUUCAGGUGUUGAUGGGGAGCCUGGUGUACCUGAGGCAGGGCAUCGAGAACUCGCCUUAUGUUCACUUGCUUGAUGCGAAUCAGUGGGCGGACAUCUGUGACAUCUUCACUCGCGAUGCCUGCGCUCUGUUGGGGCUGUCGGUGGAGUCGCCACUCAGUGUUAGUUUCUCAGCGGGCUGCGUCGCCCUGCCGGCUCUGAUUAACAUCAAGGCGGUGAUUGAGCAGAGGCAGUGCACGGGUGUUUGGAACCAGAAGGACGAGUUGCCUAUUGAAGUGGACCUUGGUAAAAAGUGCUGGUAUCACUCCAUAUUCGCUUGCCCCAUUCUUCGUCAGCAAACGACAGACAACAACCCACCCAUGAAGUUGGUCUGUGGCCACAUUAUCUCAAGAGACGCACUGAACAAGAUGUUCAAUGGUAGCAAAUUAAAAUGUCCUUACUGCCCGAUGGAACAAAGUCCAGGAGAUGCCAAACAGAUCUUUUUCUGAAGAAAUUACUUCCGACACUGCUUGUGAGUGAGGCCUUGCAUCACAGGCUCAUUCUGAGGACUAGACAGCACUUGCUACGUUUGCUGCCACAGACCACUGACUUCUUGGGUCGCUAGAAGCCGAUGCUUUGGAACCUUGGUCAGCGUUUGAGUGUGUCCACCCGUGGGCAAGUGCUCCUGAAUUUAUCUCACCAUAGGGCUUUAUUAUACUCUUGGUCUUCAUUUCUGAUCAAGGAAAUACACCAGCAGCUGUCAUUCAAUGCCGGUUUUUGUAUAAUUAUAUGGUGAUUUUUUUACUUUUUAAGAGCAGAUAUGAGAAGUCACCCUCCCCCAUGUGUUGAAUAUUUCUCCUGCUUUUAUUCAAUCAUCCUCUUCUUGAUGAUUUUCAUCCUUGAAGAAUGUUUGUGAAAAAGUUUUAUUUCCUGUUGUGUGUACAUAAUUAAAAAGACUUCAGAAAAAGUUUGAUAAAUUGAAUAGUGGUUAUAAAACUAAUUUGUAUUUUUUUGCUUAAAGAAGAUAAGCUGUGAUAUAUUCUGAGUCUGCUUUCAGAUGUUUCCCUCUGUCUGCUCCUUCUUGCAGCUCUUCUCCAUGUCAGACACACAUACAGUCAGAUGUCUGUCUGUCUGUGGCCCUGCCCCGGGGCUGGCUGUUAGAAGGGCAGCUGACCUGAGGGCAAGUCACCAUCUACUGGAGAAAAUGGAAUGGGCAGCACUGGGCCCAGUGUAGGGACUGGGGCCCGUCAGGGGGCUCUGCAGGCAUGGCUGUUCCCAGGAGCCCAGUUCCUUGAACUCUUUUUGCCUUGAGGAUUGGCUUUUCUGCGCAUCAUCUUGCGUGACAGACGCCACUGCCAGGCUGUCAGAUUCUUCACUGCCUCCAGGGAGGGAAGACGCAGGAGCCAGUCGUAGGCUGCAUUGUUUUAAGUCCUCCUUUAAAUGAGAAGCUAGCUGACUUAAAUCGGUAACUCAGAAUACGUUUGCUUAUUGCCAUUUGUAUUUUAGCCGUUGUGUGCUCACACUCUCCCACGCGGUAUGUCACAUCGUGGACUGUGAAUCUGUGCUCGGCUCCUGAUACAGAUUAUUCCCUUUUCUCUCCUGAGGUUUCCUUAUUGAAUGCACUGUCCCAAAGUUUGCCGUACGGCACGUAAAGGUAACUGUAAAGAAUCUUUCUUUGUCUUGUGGACUCUGUAGAGAAGAGAGCUCUUUGGAGAGAAAACACUGGCUUCAGUGUAUUGGUGUCAUGUGUUGUAGAGAAAGAACAUUAUUGGGAAAUCUUCAUUUUUGGAACCCUGUUUCACUGGACUUGGAACCGGACACUGAUGUAAAAACUCUUCAUGAGGAGUGAAGAAGGAUGGCAGACCGGAGGAGUUUGAGGCUUCAGGACGUACUCUCCAAGUUUGACCACUGGGAUAGGAUGGGGCAGGGCCAAAUUUGGUGCAUUGAGUUACCAGGUGAUCUGGUAGGGGAAUGGCCAGUGACGCAUUUAGGCCUUUUCUGGUGGGCGAUGUUGGGCAUGAGGGGUUAGGUGGUGGGUGGGAGAGAGUGCCAACAUUGUCUGUUUGAAUUUAGCCUGGGGUUCAGACGAAACACAGACCCUCCUUGGCUGGUUGAGCAGGUCUUCAGGAUCUUCAGUUUACGUGGUUCUCACAUUAAUUUGGCUAAGAUUUGAAAGAGGAGGCUUUUGCUUCUUUGGCCCUACUUGUUUGCCUGUGUUGUCUUCUGUUCAUACUGAAAACUCCCACAAGUCACUUGACAACCAGCAGAGUAUGGGCCUGCUUGAAGCCAAUGUGGGAAAGAAGCAGUCUCGGAGUUCUUGUCAUGAGGUUAUUUGUCAGGUCUCUGCUUUUUCUCUCAACAAAUUUAGCCCCAAAAGUUUUCCCUUCCACCCCUGCCAAGCUAAAUUUAGUGUUAUUCUGACCAUGUCCUCUGCUAUGAACUUCCUAUGCCUAUAUAUAUAUAUAUAUGACACUUAGAAUUGAUGGGAAACCUUAAAAAUACCUAGAAAAAUGUUGUCAGUGCUUGGUGGGCCCAGACAUUUCUGAGAGCAGACACUUGCUGUCUGCAAGACCAUAAGCCAUAGACUUGUUACAAAUUUUAUUUAUCCCAGUCCUAGACAUUUUGUUAGAUUUGUAGCUCAUAAAAAGUGUAAAGAGAACACAACUUAACUAAAGCAUUUGGACUUGGCUUGCCAUUCCCCUAGGGCAGUGUUAGGGCCUUAGGAUGUGAACAUAAAUUUUGGUGUAGGUGAUGACUGAGUUUCAAAAACAUUUUGUCUGAAGACAUGCUUUAUAAAGCACAGCACAUGUUGUUAAUUCACUUAAGACUAGAUGCUUCGGAGAAAAGCAUUUGAAGAGACUAGGGGCUGAGCUUUUGUAUAUGGUAACCAAAGAUGAUGAAGACCACCUGAUUCCGGUCAUAGUUCACUAACUUAGGAGAUGGCUCGUCCUCACAGGAGCUGAUGCCCACAUCCUCAGGGUACAGAAGAGGGGCGUGGUUUGUGUGUGCGGGUGGGCGUGUGCAGGUGUGCCUGGGGCCUGCCUCUCACCUGUCAGAUGCUCAUGGGACAGUCAGGGUUUUUUACAGGGUUAACAGCAAACCACAGGAGUACAGUGUGAAGUCAAAGCCGUUUCCAAAUGGAUUCUCCAAUUUUUGAGUUUGAAAGUUUUUUUGUGAGUCCUGGCCAUUGGUCAUUCAUGGACAUGGGCCACGCUACUAUGCUAAGCCAAUUAAGACCUUACUCUCUCACCCUCAAAGGGCUGGCCUAUGGCCAGACUUGCUCUUUUCCAGUACAGUUUUUAAGUGACUUGGGUUGUCUUCACCAUUCUCCCUUGUAUGCAAUCCCUUCGAAAUGCUGUUGCUUUUGCUUUAGUGUGGUGAUCAUCUGAGUUCCUUUUAAAGGUGAAAGAUUUAUCAUCUAUAAAUGAACGGGUAUUGGUGCUUCUUGGGACACAAGAGCCACCUCACAUUCAUAGGGUGUGUGAGUAAUAUAAGUGUGCGAGUAUUUAAUUGAAGAUAGGAUGCUAAAGAAACACAGCCUUUUGUUGUUACAUAGAUUAGCUCUACAGAAACACUAACAUCCUUGAGACAGCAGGGUGUGGAAAGGAUGGCCCCCUUUCUCCCUUAGCUAGGUAGUCUAACGGAGCUGGGGCCGAAGCUGCCUGCUGCUGCUUGGGCCACGCAUUGUUUCCACGAUUCUUCAGCAUCCGAGCUAGAACAGGGGCUGUUUCUCAACCAGGAGAGUUUGCUUAGCCUCACAGGACAAGCUGCUGGUGUGAGUCAUUUGGGUAAACCGACAGCCAGUCAGUUUGUCUAGUCAGCAGACUCUGUUAUCUUCAAAGGGGUGGUUUGCUUAACUUUAUCAAUAGGAUGGAAGCCAGAGCGCUUGGAUCACUCACAAGGGCAGUCUCUGUGACUGCACCGAUGGCCAGCUACCCACAGGGGAGGCGAGGCAGCUGCCCUGCGUCUGGGUCAGGUGUGGGCAGGCUCUAGACACGGAGUAGUCCAUUCAUGUUUACCUUAAGCAGGUACAAGAUUCACGAAACCUUGGUUUUGAAUCGUAAGCAGAUAGAUACCAAAAAUCAGUAGCAUGACACAUAGACGCGUCAUUUGCUUUGCAGUGUGCAUUUUUACAGCUAUUGUUCUUACUUCCAAACCAGGGGAGAGACUGAGUUUUGUUUCUAGAACAUUCUGUCCCAACCCCCUCAGUUUUCAGCUGCAGUGAUCAUAUCAUUUAUUUUCUCCCAGAGGGGGAUGAAAAAGGAAAAGAUAGUUGGCUUAGCAACCUUUCUUUUGUGAGCUCCAUCUGUAGUUAGUGGGACUCUACACUUGCUAAGGCCUCUGCUUCUAAGAUUUCUCUUUCCCAGCAAGCCAGGUAUGGAGUUCCCUAGGACAUAGUAGUGCCUAGUCCUCUUGUGGGGAGAGAGGGUGUGAUGAGUGUGAGAAACUGGGUGUAUGUGUUAAGGGGGGUGUGCGCAUGGAUUUAAAGUUGAACAGAAAGGACCUCCAAAUUCAGGUCUCUUGGGAGGGCCAGGAGUUUAUUGCAUAGUUUUAUCCUCAGGAUUGCAAGCAGUGUGCAUGUGUGGUAUUUCCCCCCACUCUUAGGUUUUCUUUUUUAAACCUAUGUUGAAAGCAGUGUCAUCUAAUCAUCUUGUUCACAUGGCUCAGGAUUGUAUUUCUUUUGCUUCUUUUGUGCUGUAGGGUUCGAUAGUAUUUCUACAAUUAUGUAACAAAAAUAGUGUUGCACUGUAAUGUAUCAUAUAGAGCUAUAUGUAUGAAAUUUGAUCCGUUUUUUAAAAAAAUAUAUGUAUCUUUGCAAAGGCACAAUAAAGCUGCAUCUUAGAGACUAUAGGCAAUAACGCUAACAAUAAACAUUAUUUAACACAUGAAUUGUGAAUAUUCU